UCCAAGAUAAUCACACGGGUCCAAAGGACAGUAUCGGUGUGUGCGCGAGUCUAGACGGCUGUAGGCUGUUGUUUGUCUCGCACAGUGGCGUUGAGCAGAAAGAGCCGAGCGUGUGGGCAAUAAAGUGAAAUGGCUCGGCCGGGCUGACCAGAUGGGAGGAGAGGUAGGCUGGGACGGGACAGAGGGCAGGACUGGCAGGGCGCGGUCUCCUCCACGGCAUCUGAUCUUUCGGAACUCAUCCAUUUCCAGUUGAGCUGAGAGUCUUGCACCACAGGCCACGCAUUGAGAGCCAAGCCGAGUGGCAGGAAAACCGCUGCGGGGACACCCUUUGACCGCUACCCCAAAAGCCCAGUCAGUCUGCGCACCGGGGCCUGUCUGACUGAGGGACGUUUCUCACAGCUAAGGGAACGGCUUUGAACCUGUCUGCCAAGAUAAACGAUUUUUCCCUAUUUAUGCGCGCGUCUCCGCUUGAACUGUGAGACGAGACGUUCACCGUGAGAGGAGCAGCUGAACGCGCCGGUACUUUAUUAUAGGGGAUCUUACCUGGGGUUUUAAAAGACGCCGGCGCUGUACUCCAUCUCCAGUAGCGCAGCGUCUUUUUGCGCGCCGGGAUAUGGCGAGUUUUGGGGACUUGGUGAUUAAUUUGUAACUGUCCUCCUCCCCCUCUUGUACCCUGUGAAAGGAGAUAAGCAGCGACCAGGGGGAGGAGGUGUUUUAAAUUGAUCAGUGACAUUUUUCUGUCACCUCCUUUUGGGGUGUCCGUUGGCGUGGGUGAGUGGAAUGCUACUCCCCAGGCUCGUGGUGUGCCUCGCCGGGUGCGCAGUGAUUCUCUCGCAGGUCAGCGAGGGCUGCGGGCCAGGAAGGGGAUAUGGCAAGAGGAGGUCACCGAGGAAGCUUGCGCCACUUGCCUACAAGCAGUUCAGCCCUAACGUAGCGGAGAAGACACUAGGUGCGAGUGGUCGAUAUGAGGGGAAAAUAACACGGACCUCGGAGCGCUUCAAAGAGCUGACCCCGAACUAUAACCCUGACAUCAUAUUUAAAGAUGAAGAGAACACAGGUGCAGACCGGAUGAUGACACAGCGCUGCAAGGACAAGCUGAACUCUCUGGCCAUCUCGGUGAUGAACCUGUGGCCGGGGGUGCGCCUCCGGGUCACAGAGGGCUGGGACGAGGAUGGCCACCAUUCUGAGGAGUCACUCCACUACGAGGGACGGGCGGUCGACAUCACGACCUCUGACCGCGACCGCAACAAGUACGCCAUGUUGGCUCGACUGGCAGUUGAGGCCGGCUUCGACUGGGUCUACUACGAGUCCAAGGCCCACGUGCACUGCAGUGUGAAGUCGGAGCACUCCGUUGCCGCUAAAUCAGGGGGGUGUUUUCCGGGAGGGGCGUGGGUGACCCUAGAGGACGGGGGUCAAAGGUUGAUCCAGGACCUGCAGCCGGGUGAGCGAGUCCUCGCCUCUUCAGGGAGCGACGGCAGCGGAGAGCUCGUUUACAGCGAGGUCCUCACCUUCCUGGACCGCGACCCCGCAACCCGGAAGGAAUUCUACACCAUUGGGACAGAAGGCGGGGUUAGCCUGUCACUCACCGCUGCCCACCUGCUGUUCGUGUCCAAGGGAAACUGCUCUGAAGGGGCGGAGCCAACUCCGGGUAGUAUGAGGACGGUAUACGCCAGCGACGCACGGCCGGGACAGUGUGUGCUAACCACAGUGUCUGGGGAGGAGGGGAGAAAAGGCGUGGGGCAUCUCUCGCGCAUCUCCCGGGUGAGUGUGCAGGAGGACAAGGGUGUGUUUGCGCCCCUCACCCGCCAUGGGACGCUGUCGGUGAACGGCAUGGUGGCAUCGUGCUACGCGGUGGUGGACAGGCAUGACCUCGCCCACUGGGCCUUCGCCCCGCUCCGCCUGCUGCACCGUUGGACUGGCUCUGCUGGCGGACAUUUUGGAGACACCGGGGUUCACUGGUACUCCCAGUUACUGUACUGGAUAGGUAGUCUGCUGCUGGACUCUGGACACUUCCAUCCCUGGGGACUGGCUGACCCAGGGAGGUGAGACUCUAGCUGGGGAAGAGGAAGUAAUGUAACUGGCUUGGUUGGGAGAUAUACAGACCAGAUGACCCACUGGACUGAUGCCCCAUUGGACCUGACUAUAAAAGGGCGGGGUUUACCUUGUUCUCGAGUCUAGCACACUGAUGCAGAGGGCGGACUCUCAGGAAAGGGGUGGGGCUUGAUGACUGACCACGCCUAUUUCAUUGGAGAGAGGAGAUUGAGCCAUGAAUGAAUCUGGACAGAUAGACAAUGUGUUCUCUCACACCAUAGUAUACAAAUCAUUGUGACCCCCGAGGAAAAACUACAAAUGGGUGUGUCCUCUUCACACAAAUGGGACAGGUGGACCUGGUCGUGUCUGUGGUGAGACCAUAGUUUCUAAAGGGGAGAGAGUUUGUUUUAUUUAACAUUGAGAGGUGUCUCAUUGAAAUCAAGCUACCAUUAUGAAGAACAUCUAAAGCAUUUUCUUUUUUGAUCUUUUUUGAUUGCUUCACAGUAAGAUGUCCGUAACACGACACAACUAUGAUGUCGCAACUUGGCAACUGAAGGAAAGUAUAGGCUUCAUGUAUAGAACAUAUCUAGAGGUAUGAUAUUUUAAGGCAACAUUUACUGUAUUUUAUUAAAGCGAUGUCUGAAAUAUUUAUGAUUUUAAUAUUAUGUAUAAUGAGAUAUUUAAAGAUUUAUUUUUUGAAAUUAAAUAUUAUGGAAAUGCU